UACGAGCACAAAGAUUCGUGACGUCAUCAAAUAUUCUACUUUCAGUUUUCAAGAACAUCAGCGAGUUUGAAAUCAGUUUGUGCUUCGUCGAAAUGUUAGAUGGCCAAUGGCUAGAUGUUUGUUUAUGAUGCGGUGUGUGUCUGCCCCAGAUCGAUUACUUUUCUUUCGUAUUGCCAGACAUUCAGUCGACAAUGGAUGUCCCGGGCUUACAGCUGCUGACACAUGCUUCAGACAAGUAAAGAAUUCUACUAGAAGAUAUCAUAUACUGUGCAAAAAAAGGGGUGAAAAACAUUUCGAUUCAUACUCAGUGAUGAAGAUGAUAUUAUCUAGGUUGUCAGGGAAAACAGCAAAUCAAAGUAUAUUAUCUCAUUUUACCUCAUACUCAUACCUCAGUGUAUAUAUAAACCAGAAAACAGCUCAUAGAAAUUUAAGCAGCUCUUUCAAAAAUACAGCAGCAAUCAAAGAUGAUAAUCAUGAUACUGAUUCAGACUCAGACGAGCAUAUAAAACCAGCUUUAGAUAGUGUUAUACCUUCUAUACCAACUCCCACACAUGUGGAUAUUAUACCUGGGAAGGGACCCCCACCAGAACCUCCUGUGGAUUGUUGUAUGAGUGGAUGUGCUAAUUGUGUGUGGAUACAGUAUGCGGAGGAGCUGAAGCAGUAUUACUCUCUAGAGAAAGGCAGUGAAAUGACAAAGAAAGCAAUAGAACAAAUAGAAAAUCCAGGGUUACAGAUGUUUCUGAAAUUAGAGCUCGGCUUGCUGUGAUAACUUGAUUAGUGCCUGUUUUUACUAGAGUUUUUAACAUAGUCUAUUACUGACACAAAUCAUUUGCACUGGUUUAAAUGCUUCUUUCUGUAUUCCACCUAAGUAGGAGACUAAAUGUGAGAAAUUAAGUAAAGUUUUAUAUUAUGUAAAAUUUUAGUCAUUUAACACUGUCUUGGCAUUAGUAACCAUUAAGUGUGUUAAGUAAAAGCAAGUUCAAGAACAAAAGAAAAGCUUUUCUGUUAUCAAUUAGUCAGAAUUGAUGAUCAGGCCUAUAACCACUUUACAAUGUAUUUUUGAUACAUUUUAAAAUUAGAAAAUUGAUAGAGCUUUAUAGGUGUUAUUGGUGCUGUAAUUGUUUUGUUAUGCAUGUAAAUGUACAUCACAUAAACAUACUUUUGCUUCUCAGCUUUUGAUUCAUAACUUUCAGACUACAAAAAAAUUUAACUUUAGUAGUUUAUGUAAAGGAAGCAUUUGACCCAUACAUUUUCUGUUCUGGUUGCAGGCUUGAUAAGAUUUUGUCUAAUGCUUACAUACAAAUUUACUGUUUCAUUCUAUGACAAACAGAAGAAUCUUUUAUAUCACUUCAGCUUUGAAGGGUUAUCCUUGAAGUUUAUGAACACAUUACUAAUAUAGAUCGAUUACAGUUACAUGUAUAUGUAAGGUGUAGCUUCUGUGAAGGACACCUUUCUUCAGAGACAGACUUUUUCCAUCUCCUUACUGGUUCGAGUCAUAAAUUCGACCACUUUUUGCGGUUUUUCAUAAUAUUUCUUUCUUUAUACAACGGAUUUGUACAAAAUUUCUAAUAUAUGUGCUAUAAAUCAAGCAGCAUUGAUUGUUAUCAUUAACAGCUGUUUACAAUAUGGUAAACAAUAAAACCGCGCUUAAAAUAAUGGACAGGUUUAGCCUCCACAUUUUACCUUCUAGAGGUUGUAAAUAUUCGUCCACUUUUAAACAUAAAGUUGAUUAUAUUUUCAACAUUGUCUUGGAAAUAAAUCGAUGCUACACCCAAAAUCGUUCUUUUUUCAACAAACUGCAGUCAAUUUUCAAUAGCAUACCUCGUGGGAAAUAUCUGCCAACAGAGAUUUAAAAAGCGCCUGUCAUCCUUCUCACACCCGCAUGAUGUAGUUUAAUAUUUACGUCACUGUUUAUUACACAUUCAAGAAUAAAACUGCUGUUAUUGUUACUUUUCGGGGGUGUUUUAACAGGAGAGAAAGCAUGUCUUAACAGAGAGAUUCUCGUGCUCACGUGCUGUUAUAACACCUUUUUGUACCCCCCGACAACAAAGUUGUAAUGGGGGGUUAAAUUGGUUUCAGGUUGUCUGUCUGUCCAUCCGUCCGUCUGUCUGUCCGAGCUCACAUUUGCAUACUUAGGUGGCUAUAGGAACAAUAGGUAACUGUACUUUCUCUUUGAUGUCAUUCAUUCCGUAAGGCUAUUAUGUGGCUAUUUUUCUUUUACGUGGCUAAAAGAACAAUAGAGAGAACAAAAGAGUAGCCACAUAAGUAUCCAUAUGUAGGAACGUCUGUCCGUAGACGCAAUCUUGUGCGCACCAUCUCUCCUCAUCCCCUUGACACAAUUUAAUGAAACUUCACACAAUUUAAUGAAACUUCACACAAGUGAUCAGUACCAACAGUAGUUGUGCAUGGGGCAUGUUAGGUUCUUUCAGAAAAAAAAUUGCAGAGUUAUGGCACCUUUAGUGAUAGCUCUAGUUACAUAUGCGUGUUCCGUGGCAAAGCGUAAACGUAUUACGACCCCAAAACGGAUAAUUCAAAAGGAAAUGACGUCAGCGUGAAAAAACAACGUAGACUUUACCGCGCAUUUCGUGGAAAUUUAAUGACGUUCAUUUACCUGUUUUUUUAUGCAUUUUAUGCUAGAAUAGCGUAAGCGCAUGUUCUUUUCCUGUUAUAACAACUUCAGAAUCCCUUGGGCCUCAGCAUAAUCGAGCGUGUGCAAUAACGUCACGCGACCCAUGAGACAAAAUAUUUGCUGUUUAGAGCACACAACUUAAGGUAUGGACAACUUUUUUGUCUUCACCUCAACUUGUUGUUUUUUGCUGACUUUGUUGCUAACGCAAGUGCUUGUGAUGACACAGAUGCGUUCUAAAGCAUCUGGCUCCAAAGAAAGCUUUAAAGUGGGUGGCCGAAUAUUUACGACCUGGCCGAAUUUAUGACUCAAACCAGUAGAUAUUUUUUUUAAUAGGAACAACUUCUAGGAAAAUGUAUUUUAGUAUUCUUUUUUUUCUGACUGCUCUGGAGAGGUUUCACAGUACUGUAUUUAGAAAAGGCUAUUUAUGCACCCCAAAAUAGCCCCAAAAACCCAGGAGGCUUAAAGUGUUUUUGUCCAUCCAUCCAUCUGUAAGAAACUCUUACAGUUUUCAUCUAGUUCAAAUGACACUUGGUGUACAACAGCAUGAUGAAAAGAACAUGUUAUUGUGACUUUCAGGUUCUGUUAUUAAUUUUUGAGUUUUGCCACUUUUUGGAAUAUGUUAAUAUAUGUACCUUGUGUACCGGUACUCGGAUGCUCCUACAAUAUCUGUCCAAUUUAAAUAAAACUUGAUAUACAUCAUUAGUAUGAAGCGCAUUUAAGUGGGCUUCUUAGGAACUAUUGUUCUAAAUGCUUCCAUUCUCUUCAUUAGUCUUUGGCAUUAAAGAAUUACCAUUUUGAGCCAGGUUCUAUAAAUCAAAUUUACAGUUUACAAAAUUAUGCCCCCUUUUCUACUGAAAAAAGCUAUUAUUAUGUUGAAGAGUUUCAUUUAGUCAAGCAUGCUGUCGUUAGAUAGCUCUUUUUAUAUUACAUGCCUGUUAUUCUUAUGUUUUAUCUGCUCAUUUUAUCAUCUUUUAUCUUUGCUUUAUAUACCUGAUGUUUCUUUGUCAUGAUCAAAAUUUUAUGGCUUGCUACGGUUGUGUCAGAGUUAAGAUUCCUGAUUCUAUUUUUAAAGGGUUUUUUUUAUAGAUUCUUUUUGUUCACAUUAAAUUUUAACAUGCACAUGUGCCAAUUUUGAAUUAGUACUUAUUUAUCUAAGAAAAUAUAUAUAUAGUUUGGUACAGCCAUUGUUUAUAGAGUUUGUAGAAAGGAAAGUGUUGACAAGGGAGCUGAAUUUUGUGUAAUUGUUUAUACAUUCAGCCUGCUAACAUUGUAAAGCAUACUAUAAGACCUUACCUUCUCUGCCAUUUUACUGUAGAAGGGAAUGCAUGUUUUUUUUUGCCCCCGGCAUCUACUGAUCCGGGAGGUAUAUAGUGAUUGUCCUGUCCGUCCGUUCGUUCGUUAGUCCAUCCGUAUGAGGUUAACCAAAUGGGACCGUUUCAUCUGGCAUAAAUACCCCUUACUAGAAUGACUUAAUACUAAUGCAGAUGUAACCUGUGACCAUUCCUCAUCUUCACACAUCACCUGAUCUCAGUUUGACCUUGACCUCAUUUUGGACUUAGGUUGCUUUAUAUGGGCCAUCUCUUGGUUAACCAAAUGGGACCGUUUCGUCUAGUAUCAAUACCCCUUACUAGAAUGAUUUGAUACUAAUGCAGAUGUAACCUGUGACCAUUCCUCAUCUUCACACAUCACCUGACCUCAUUUUGACCUUGAACUUGACCUUGUUUUGGACUUAGGUUGCAUUUUUAUCGACAAGGAUGCCACCGCCCCAUCAAGCAUUUAUUGAACGUAGCUUCUUGUUUAUUAUUGAAAUAUAAUACUCUUUUACUGGUAAACUUUUUGUAAGGUUUUGAAGAAAUAUGUUAUUCUACUGCUUCUACAGUAACUUUUGUAUAUUGAAUUUUCUCCAAACAAUUUGGUGUCUCACGUAGUUUUAAUGCAGAUUUAUAUUUACAAUAUGGUAAAAACCUGGUACACUAAUGGGUCUAGGAACAAAUCUGAGAAAAUAAUGCACUUCCUUGCCUUGUGUUUUAAGUCCUUAAUUUUUAUGCCCCCUUUUGAAGUAAAAUGUGGUCUAGAACUUUGAAAAUUAUGGUCCAGGUCAUCCUAAACCAUGGUCCGGGUUGUCCCAUGGUCCAUGUUGUCCCUAAUUCCUCUGAAACUAAUAUUUUGUUAAUUAUGCACCCUUUAUACUUAAAUUUCAGGUUAAUUUUGAUGCAAUUUCACUAUGUCUUUGUUAUUACUGAAUGGAUUUGAUUUGAACUGAUAUGUUCAUGAUAUGAACCACAUGAUAUGCCACAAGGUCCAUAACUCAGGCACCAAUAUUUUUUAAAUUAUGGCUCCUAACUUAGAAUUUCAGGUUUAAAGUUGUGGUACCUUUUCAAUCUAUCUCUGGUAUAACUUAACAGAUUUUAAUUAAAACAGUUGUCAUUUAUAACCUCGGACAUCACAUGACUUAAAGACUGUCCUCUGAUUCAUAUAUUUCAUGAACUAUGUCCCCCUUUUGGCUUUGAAUUUCAUGUUAAACUUUUAUGCACUUCCACUCUAUCUUGGUAUUAAAAUACCAAAUGUAUAUGAUCUAAGCUUAAAAUAUUUGUUCCUGAAAUUUGUCAUGAUGCAGAAUAAAUAAAUGUAGGAUUUUAAAGUGCUUGACAAAAAUUUAAGAAUGAGCUAAAUAAAAGCCUUAGAUUUUUUCACUGACUUCAUAGUUUUUCCUUUUGUAACUCUACGGUUAUUAAAGAAAUGGAAAGAAGUUGUUUUUUAAUUGAGCAAAUUUUUCCGUAGCAGCGGCUAUCAUAUUAUUUUGAAGAUUAUAUGUGUCUAGUCCAAAAACUGACUAAAAAUGUAAUGCCUGACCUGACAGGUGGUUAUGAUAAGGAAAAACUUGUAAAAAGACCCAGUUAUUUCCGACAAACUUCCUGCAAAUGAACUUCACUGAUUUCGUCCACUUUAUGUUUCAAUUUUCUAAUCAUUGCAAUUGUUACAGGUGUACUUCAAAUGAUUAUGUAAACUCCCUGCUGUCUAUGGCAGUCUAAUUCAGAAGGUAAAUGCAGUGCAGUUUAAAUAGAACAUAAAUUGUUUAUCCUUUAUUUUGCUCUUUGUAUCAGAUAUAAAUUUAUGAUUGUUAUUAAAGUCAGCAUGACACAGAUGUUUUAAGAUACACCCAUAUUUGUUAUUUUAUGGCAUAUUGUUUUAGUGGCAUUUUUGUUGAUUUUAUCACUUUUGUAUAAUUUAUAUUACCACUUUUAAAUGUUACAUGAUGUUUAAGUUACAAAGAAAUAAAGGUGUUGAAUUGUU